AUGACGCCAACUCCGCCGCCGGACUUCAAGGAGACGAUCCUGCAGAUUCUCACCAACCAGCAGGACCUCAUGAAGCGGAUUACGGAGCAGAUGGAGAAACAAGGAGGAAACCAAGGCAGCGAGCUCGUACUGGAUUCCCUCGCGAGCAAUAUCACCGAGUUCGAGUACGACCUGGAGAAGGGGAGCUCGUUCGAGGCCUGGUUUUCCCGGUAUGCAGAUCUGUUUACGGAGGAUGCAUGCAAGCUGGAUGACGACGCAAAAGUGCGUCUGCUGCUGCGCAAGCUCAGUCCCGCCGCACACGAGAGGUACACAUCCUUCAUCCUGCCCGAGCUUCCUAAAAAGUUUAAUUUCGACGACACGGUUGCCAAGCUCAAGUCCAUCUUUGGCAGUCCGGUUUCUCCGUUUCACCGUCGGUACCAGUGCCUACAGACGGUCAAGGAAGAGGGCGAGGACUACGUCGCUUACUCCUGCAAGGUCAACCGAGCUUGUGUCGAGUUUAAGCUGAAGGACCUCAAAGAAGACCAGUUCAAAUGCCUUAUUUUCGUGUGCGGGCUGACGUCUCCGAAGGACGCGGACAUCCGGAUGCGCUUGCUUUCGAAAAUCAACGAGACGGCGGACAUCACGCUGGAGAAGGUAGUGGAGGACUGUAAAAGUAUCAUCAACUUGAAAAAGGACACCGGGCUCAUCGGUGGCCAGUCUACCUCCACCGUCGCUACCGCCUCCACGCAGGCUGUCCGAACGAGUUCUCCCCACGGCAAGUUCCGGAAGAAGGAGCGGACUGGCGGAAAGUCCGACGUGCCGAACGCCCCAUGCUGGUCUUGCGGCGGGAUGCACUACAACAGCCAGUGCUCGUUCAAGGACCACAAGUGCCGCGACUGUGGCCGCACCGGCCAUAAGGAGGGGUACUGUUCCUGUUUCGCGUCGAAGUCGAGAUCGAAGCCGUUCAAAGGAAAGCAGCAGCACGUCAAGAACCACGCAUCCAAGAUAGUCACCGUCAAGAACCUCAAACGUAGCUACGUGGAGACGGCGAUCAACGGAGUUCCAGUGGACCUGCAGCUGGACUCGGGCCCAGACAUCACAAUCAUCUCCAGGCAGAACUGGGUCAAUGUCGGGUCACCUCCAACGUCUCCACCGGACUGCAACGUGCAGACAGCUUCCGGGGACAAACUGGGCAUCGAGGCGAUGUUCAGAGCAACCUACACCAUCGGCGGAACGCACAAGGAGAGCAAUUGCUAUGUUUGUAGCGCUGACCUUUCUCUCAACGUUCUAGGCUCCGACUUGAUGGACGAGUUCGGGCUCUGGGACGUACCCUUUUCGUCGUUCUGCAAGCUGGUCGGAACUCAAACACCGGAUCAGCAAGUGGUCGAGCUGAAAACCAAGUUCCCCGAGGUGUUCAACGAUCGCCUGGGCCUGUGCACCAAAACGCAGGUGCGCCUCGUUCUCAAGCCAGACGUCCAGCCCGUGUUCCGGCCGAAGCGGCCGGUGUCGUACAACAUGGAGGCCGUCGUCGAGGACGAGUUGAAGCGACUCGAGAAUCUGGGUAUCAUCACGCCGGUCAGCUAUUCGGACUGGGCCGCUCCCAUUGUGGUGGUCCGCAAGCCCGAUCGUUCCGUUCGCAUCUGUGCGGACUACUCAACCGGUUUGAACAACGCGCUCGAGUCCAACAACUACCGCUUCCUCUCCCGGAGGACAUCUUCAACCAGAUGUCGGGCUGUCGAGGUCGACGAGGACAGCAGAAAACUCGUCACGAUCAACACGCACCUGGGACUCUACCGCUACAACCGGCUCUCCCCCGGUGUCAAGAGCGCCCCCGGCGCGUUCCAGCAGAUCAUGGGCACCAUGCUGGGUGGUGUUCCGUGUACAGCUCCGUAUCUCGACGACAUCCUGGUCGGUGGUCGUACCGCCGAGGAGCACAAGGAGAAUCUGUACCGUGUCCUGGAGCGGCUCAAGGAGUACGGGUUCACGGUCAAGCUCGAGAAAUGCAGAUUCUUCAUGCGCCAGGUCAAGUACCUGGGCCAGCUGCUGGAUACGGAGGGCAUCCGCCCAGACCCGGACAAAGUGAAGGCCAUCGUCAACAUGCCCCCGCCUCACGACGUCCCGACUCUGCGGUCGUAUCUGGGCGCCGUCAACUAUUACGGGAAAUACAUUCGGGAGAUGCGUACACUUCGCCAGCCGCUGGACGAGCUGCUCAAGGAAAGUGCCAGCUUCCAGUGGUCCGACGCUUGCCAGCGUUCCUUCGACCGGUUCAAGGAAAUCCUCCAAUCACCGCUCAUGCUGACGCACUACAACCCUCGCUUGGAAAUGGUGGUGUCCGCAGACGCGUCGAAUGUGGGCAUUGGCGCCCGCAUCGCUCAUCGGUUCCCGGACGGGUCGGAGAAGGCCAUCUACCACGCAUCCCGAAGCCUCACGCCAGCAGAGUCCCGCUACAGCCAGAUCGAGAAAGAAGCCCUGGGUCUGGUGUACGCGGCCACAAAGUUCCACCGGAUGAUCUACGGGAGGCAUUUCGUUCUUCAGACCGACCACAAACCGCUGCUAGCGAUUUUCGACAUCCUCUCACGCUUAAUCAACUCCCACAUCAAGCCUGACGAGGACUACGUCAUCGCGUCGAUCGAGGUGGAAACCGUCAUCUGCAAUGUCGUCUGCCAGUCCAUUGAGCAUCUGCCAGUUUCGUACCACACGAUAGCUGCCGAGACUAGCCAGGACCGGACACUGCAGAAAGUCGUGGAGUUCGUGGACAAAGGCUGGCCCAGCGACGCGAAAUCCCUCUCCGGAACACCGGAGGUCCAGCAGUUCUUCGCGCGUCGUGACUCGCUGUACUUGGCCCAGAAGGUGCUGAUGUACAGUGACCGGAUUGUAAUCCCGAAGAAGCUGCAGAAGAAGGUCCUCGAACAACUGCACCGAGGGCACCCCGGCAUCGAUCGGAUGAGGUCAUUAGCGCGCACUCUCGUUUACUGGCCCAACAUCGAUGACCAAAUCUCCGCUCUUGUACGCGCCUGCCAGGAAUGCGCGUCGGUUGCGAAAGCUGACACCAAAACGAAGCUCCAGUCGUGGCCGACCCCCGAAAAGCCGUGGCAGAGGGUACAUGCGGAUUUUGCUGGUCCCAUCAACGACACCUACUUCCUGCUUGUGGUCGAUUCUUUCUCCAAGUGGCCGGAGAUCAUUCCGACCAAGCGCACCACCACAGCUGCCACCAUUUCGAUCCUCCGCAAAAUUUUUGCUCGGUUCGGAAACCCGGAAGUGAUGGUGACCGACAACGGCCCGCAGCUAACCAGCGACACCUUCGAGCAGUUCUGCGAGUCCAACGGGAUCAUGCACCUCAAAACAGCACCGUUCCACCCCCAAAGCAACGGGCAGGCGGAACGUUUUGUUGACACCUUCAAGAGGACAGUCAAGAAAAUUCGGGCGGGAGGGGAAGAUCUGGACGAAGCUCUCGACAUCUUUCUCAACUGCUACAGAUCAACGCCGUGUCGGAACGCACCUGGUGGGAAAUCGCCUGCUGAGAUCCUACUUGGCCGACCAAUGCGCACAUCCUUGGAGCUGCUGCGCCCGCCGAGCAAGUUCACCAAGGACAACAACAACAAGCAGGACCAACAGUUCAACGCGAAGCACGGUGCGAAGGAGAAGAGCUUUGCGGUGCGAGACAAGGUGUACGCUCAGGAGCACCAAGGUAACAACUGGAGCUGGGUCGCCGGAGAAGUGAUCGAAUGUGUUGGACGAGUCAUGUAUAAUGUGUGGCUCCUCGAACGACAGCGUCUCAUCCGCUCACACAGCAACCAGCUGCGGCCGCGCUAUGACGACUGCGAUGGAGUACCGGAUCAAGCAGAGCAGACCAUCCCACUUGACAUUCUGCUAGGCGCCUGGGGUCUAAAACCAUCUGGAGAUUCCACUAUGACCGAAGCAGCGCCGCCGCCGCCGGCUGAACCUGAGGGAUUGAGCGAUCUACAGCGAGAGUUCUUGCGAGAGCUUUUUCGAACAACCAACAAGAAUCGACGACCACGGCCGGCAAGACCGGGUCCUGAAGUGCCGCUGCGCCGCUCGUCGAGGUCACGGGUUACACCGGUCCGCUACGAGCCGUACCAGCUCUACUAA